AUGAGCUUGAAAGAAGUAUUCGAACAACAUCCAUGGAGGUCUUUUAAGAAAUUCAAUGAAGCUGCAAAGAGUUGGGGAUUUACUAACAGAGCUGAAGUGAAAAGGUUCUUUGACAAAAAUGUUGUACAUCAAACAAAAAUAAAUCCUUACGACUACUUUUUACCAAUUUACUCCAACACUCCUGACGCAUACCAAUUUGACACUCUCAUUCAAAGCAGAAAAGGAGGACAUAAACCAUUCCUCAUCUUCAUUAAUGUUAACACUCGCAAAGCUUUUGCGUAUAUAAUGAGAAAUAAAGGAACUCAUGAAGUGUUAAGAGUUUUACAAAAGUUUGUAGCAGAACAUAGCCCAAGUAUUUUAACAUCAGACCAAGACGGUGCAUACCUCAGCAACGAAAUCACAGAAUUUCUCAUUAAGCAUAACAUAACUCACUACACUACUGAAGACCAUAACCAUAACAUACUCGGUAUCAUUAACCGCUUCAUAAGGACUCUCAGAGAUUUAA